AUGGCAUCGUCUUUCCAGCCUACAAGCAUCCUCAUAAUAGGAGCCACUGGCGCUAUUGGGAAAUACAUCACCGACAAGAUUGUGGAUGCCCAGCCGCCGUUCCCCAAGGUCUCCAUCUUCACGUCCGAGUCAACAGUGUCGAAGAAGGCCGAGUACAUCAACCAGCUCAAGUCCAAAGGAGCUCAUAUAAUCACCGGCGAUGUCACUAAUGCCAAUGAUGUCAAGGCAGCAUACGAAGGUGUCGACACCGUCGUCAGCGCCGUGGGCCGAAAUGUCAUCGACCAGCAGAUCGAGCUGAUCAAGCUGGCGGAAGAAUCCACCUCUGUCCAGUGGUUCUUCCCCUCGGAAUACGGCACGGAUAUUGAGUACGGUCCUGAGAGCGUCAACGAGAAGCCUCACCAGCUCAAGCUCAAGGUUCGCAAGUACAUCCGCGAGAACGUCAAGCGCGUCAAGUACACGUAUCUGGUCACUGGACCAUACAUAGACAUGUUCUUCACGCUUAAAAAAUCAGCUCCCGAAGCUGGCGGCUUUGACAUUGAGGCGAAGAAGGCAGUUCUCGUGGAUGGCGGCGAAGGUAGAAUCGGCUUUACAACAAUGCCUGAAACCAGCUACACCGGUCAUCCAAAGCACGUGCUGAUAUCGUAUAGUGUUGGAAAAGCACUGGUGGCAGCUCUCCGCCAUCCAGAGGCGUCGUUCAAUAAAGCUCUCAAGGUCCAGUCUUUCGUUGUGACACCAAAGCAGAUUCUGGCCGAGUUUGAAAAGCAGGUCGGCGGCCCAAAGUGGACUGUGACUUCCUACACUCUCCAGGAGUUGAAGGAUGCGGAGAAGAAAGCAUGGAGCGAAGGGAAUCCAGAUGCUACAAGCUACACUCUGCGACGGAUUUGGUCGGAGGGAGGAACCCUGUAUGAGAAGACGGACAAUGAGAGCAUUGGGCUUGAUAGCUCUCAGUUAGAGACGCUCGAGGAUGGUGUGAAGAGAGCACUCACCACUGGCUGGUAG